GGCGGGCGCUUACAUUUCAUCUGUCUUAUCUUAAUUGCGGUCUUUCAUGGUAAUAGAGCAUCGAUGGAUGUUGGAUGCAGCGGAGUUGUUCUUCUCAUGAUACUGGCUAUUGCACCAGUAGCAAUAGCAAGAGCAGCAAAGUCUGCUGUGAAUUUAUUAGAAGCUGAGGCACUGCUCAAGAGUGGCUGGUGGGGAGACAGUAGUACUGCUGCAACAAACAUCUCUGCCCACUGCCAGUGGCCUGGUAUCAUUUGCAACGAUGCUGGUAGUGUUACCGAAAUACUACUUCCAAACCAUGGAACUCUAGAUGAGUUGACAAAUUUGGGUCUCUCUUCUUUUCCGAACCUGGUUAGUCUAGAUCUCAGUGGAAAUGAACUUUACGGAGUCAUCCCACAACAAAUAGGUGCACUCUCCAAACUCACCUAUCUCAAUUUGUCUUUCAACUAUCUUUAUGGUGAGCUUCCUUCUUCUCUGGUAAAUCUUACGCAACUAGCACAACUCGAUGUUUCUUCGAACUCGAUUGCAAGCUUAAUUCCUCCGGGUAUCGGAAACUUGACGAACUUGGUUGCUCUAGAUUUGAGCCAGAAUUCUUUUGGAGUCCGCAUCCCUCCAACUCUUGGCCACUUGUCCAAAUUAGUGUCCCUCAAUCUCCGCGGCAAUGAACUUUACGGAGCCAUCCCACAUCAAAUAGGUGCACUCUCCAAACUCGCCUAUCUCGAUUUGUCUUCCAAUGGACUUGAAGGUGAGCUCCCUUCUUCUCUAGUAAACCUCACGCAACUAGCACAACUCGAUGUUUCUUCGAACUCGAUUGCAAGCUUAAUUCCUCCAGGCAUUCGGAACUUGACAAAUUUGGUUACUCUAGACUUGAGCCAGAAUUCUUUUGAGAGUCCCAUCCCUCCAACUCUUGGCCAAUUGUCCAACCUUGACUCCCUUGACCUCAGCAAUAACCAUUUCAAUGGAACAAUUCCUUCAGCUCUUUUUAAUUUGACAAAUCUUUUCCGGCUAGACAUUCACUCAAAUCCCGCAAUGGGAGAAUUUCUCCCAGAAGAAAUAGGAAAUUUGAAGAGUUUACUUGAAUUAGACUUCAGUGACCUUAAUCUUUCAGGUGCCCUUCCUUCAGCUCUUUGCGGCCUAACCAAACUAGCAUCUCUUUCAGGUGCUGAGAAUCAAAUUUAUGGCUCCAUUCCCUCUGAAAUAGGAAAUUUGAAAAUUUUGGAAUAUCUCAAUCUUGGGUCCAACCGGCUGACUGGUCAAAUCCCUCCGACCCUUGGCAAUCUGACUGCUCUAGUUAAUUUGGACCUCUCUUCUAACCAAAUAAGUGGUUCCUUGCCUCUUGGACUUUUCAAUAUGCCUUCUCUAGAAAUUCUAGAUCUUUCCUCAAACCAACGGACAGGCUCAAUUUCUACCCAAUUUGGGGAUGACAUUUUUAAAUCCGAGCUGUACCUCUUGACUUUGAAUCUUUCCCACAAUAUUCUCUCUGGCACUGUCCCCUCGUCUCUUAUGCGACUGGGGGACGUCGACCUGUCCUAUAAUGCUUUGGAAGGUGAACUUCCGUGCGAGCUUGUCAUUGAGUUUGGUUUAGAAAGAUUUGUCGGCAAUCCAGACUUGCGUCACGAUUCCACUCUUUGUGGAGUAUCUCCUUCUGUUAUGGGAAAUCACACUCCUGUUGUUGUGGGAAAUCAUAGACAUCGCACCCUAUACUACAUCAUAGGUCUUGGCGUAACCUUGUUGGUGUUCGCAAUAACUGGCGGAUUAGUAAUUUAUAUCCGCUGCUUCAAGAAAGUUAAAGUCGAGCUCAUGGACAAUAAACAUGGAGACAUUUUCAGAAUAUGGAACUAUGAUGGACAUAUGGCUUACAAAGACAUAAUUAAAGCAACCAACGAUUUUGAUGUCUGUUAUUGCAUCGGGACAGGGGGGUAUGGCUCUGUAUACAGAGCACGGUUGCCAAGUGGGAAAGUAGUGGCUUUGAAAAAGCUUCACCGUCUGGAAGGCGAGAAUCCAAAUUUUGACAAGAGCUUUAGGAAUGAAGCCGACAUGCUUUCUAAAAUCAGGCACAGGAACAUUGUAAAGCUCUUCAGAUUCUGUCUGCACAAGCGAUGCAUGUUUCUGAUUUAUGAGUAUAUGGACAGAGGAAGCUUGUUUUGUAUCUUGAGAGAUGAAACUGAAGCUGUGGAGCUGGAUUGGAUUAAAAGAGUGAAUUUGAUCAAGGGCAUUGCCGGUGCAUUGUCCUACUUGCAUCAUCAUUGUGAUCCGCCAAUCAUUCACAGGGAUGUAUCAAGCAACAACAUUCUUUUGAAUUCACAGCUCGAAGCAACUCUUUCUGACUUUGGAACUGCGGGGAUUUUGGAACUUGAUUCAUCAAAUCAAACGGUCAUUGCAGGCACCUUUGGUUACAUGGCACCAGAGCUAGCCUAUACCAUGGUGGUCACUGAAAAGUCAGAUGUGUAUAGCUUUGGCGUUGUGGUGCUGGAAACGCUGUUUGGAGAGCAUCCACGAGAAUUCCUUUCUUGCAUAUCAUCACAACCCAAUGAACCAAUACUGCUGAAGGAUCUUUUUGAUGCCCGUCUGCCCCCUCCGACUAACCCUUUUGUGGUUCGAAAUGUGGUUCUCGCAACAGCGUUAGCCCUGGAUUGCAUCAACGCAAACCCGAAAUGUCGACCAACAAUGCAGCAAGUGGUGAACCGAUUUGAAGAGGGCAGGCGAGAACCAACUAGGCCUUUGCACACCAUUGCUGUGAAUCAGCUUGUUAGUCCUUCAGAACUUUCACUGCCUGACCAAAGCUACACAGUAGUUUAAGCACCACGAAUGGCUUUCGUGUGGAUAUCUCUACCGUCAUCCAAUAUUUACACCAAAGGAGAAAUUGAAUUUGCUUGC